CCAUCUAUCAUGAUUAUUAUUCAUCAUCAUCAUCAUCCUUAUCAUCUUUAUCAUUGUCUACUUCAAAAAAUGAAACUUUUCUUGCAAAUCUAAAGAUAAUGUCAACAUUAUUGCAUGGAUUUUUAUUGUCGAUAUUUGGUGCAACAUAUUUAUUUACAAUUUGGUUUAGUUGGAAUAAAAAUCGUUCAAUCAUAUGGGAUUAUCUUUAUUUAACACAUUGGAAUCUAACAUUUCAGGUAUUUUUCUUAAUUAUCGAAUUAUUAAGUGAUUUUUCAUCAACAUUUGAUGAAAUGACCAUUAUAUUUCGUAGUAAAUUUCUUCAUUCAAUUUUGAUACCAUUUUCACUUUGUGUUUCAAUUGUUUUUUGGGUAAUAUGCAUAUUUUACAAUGAAAAUGUUUUACGUGGUCCACCGGCAGAACGAUGGCCUGAAUGGCAUAAUCAUAUAUCGCAUACGAUAAUUUUACCAGCCAUUGUAAUUGAAUGUAUUAUCAAUGAUCAUCGAUUACCCAUUGGAUAUCAUUCAUUAAUGAUUACAAUUGUAAUGGGUGCAACAUAUAUUCUUUGGGUAACAUUUUUUGGUGUUGUUUUUGGAAAAUAUUCAUAUGAAUUAAUAGAAACGGCAUCGGCAACAAAAACGAUUUUUUUCUUUUUAUUAUUAAUGAUUUUCUUAAUCAUUGCUAAUCAUAUUGGCCGAUGGAUGCAUAUUAUAUAUUGGCGAAAACGACGAACAACUUUAAUGCAAAAAAAUAAAUAAAAAUAAAUAAAUAUCCACACACAUAUUGCGCCCAUA